AUGCCACGUCGGUGUCGCCACACAACUGCGAAGGACAGGCGGGCAGGUGAGAAAUGCUGCUGUCGGUGUGGUGCGCUCUGUGAACCUGGGAGCGCGGCAGAAACGGUAUCCGUUCGGGACGCACCGUGGCAGCAUGUCGACGCCAGCGCGGCUGCUGUGUGGACGAGCGCAGUGUACGACGCUGUGUCGCGCCGGUUUCACGACGACGACGACAGCGACAACGAACUAUCGAGCCCCCUGCUGGCGCUCAUGCAACUCGGCUCGGACAUGGACUCGGACUUUGAGGCCGACGGUCUACCCAGCGGAGCGUGGGCGCUCACGCCGCUCGACUUGGACGCGGACUCGGACUCGGACUCGGACUCGCUGCAAGAAAAGACGCGCUCAACUCACACGGGUGAGUCUCGCACUGUAACGGCGGAGCGUGGAGCACCUUUGGAUAAGAGUGGUCGCUCAGAAACCAGCCCAAGCGAGUCAUUGUCUGAGGACUGGCACCGGAAGGAGUUUGACACUGAAAAUCUGCAGAGUCUCGCGGAAACAAGCUGGUAUCGUAAAACUGGCAACGGCUUACACGCGAAACUGAGCUGGUUGGAGCGGGAGGCGGAAUUCAACCAGUUGCUGAUCGGUCACGGACGCCGAAAGCGGCGGCAAAGACGGAAAAGUGCAGUCAAAGAGAAACGUUUCCUAGAAACAAAAAUGAAGCUGGAGGCCACCAUGGAUGAGGCGAUCCGUACGAUGAUGCGUUUCUGUGAGGAUACCGGACCAAAUGCGGUGGACUACGUAGACAUGCCAGCCAUAUGUAGCACGGGCCGCGAAUUCCUUCACCGGCUGGCGCAGGCUUGCCGAACGCGCGUCGUAUCGAAGCCUAAUGCACAUGUAGUAGCGGUCGCUCGAACGCGCAAUACUCGAUGGUGCGGGCUUGAAGAGGCGCAACGGCUGGCCUCGGAAUGUUCCGAGAAGGCGCUGCUCAAGCAAAGCGGCCUCUAUAGGACACGUCGUGAAACGCGUACGAACGACGCCUCGCGGUCGAACGCUUCGGCGACGUCGGCAAAGCGCUCCCCUGAGGACACGGAGAAGCAACAGAAACAGUUCACCAAGGGUACGGUUCACACCGAGCGGGGACGUGCCCAGCUGCAGCAGACCGCGCUUGCCGUUCAGCCAGUUGCAGCCGAGAAUCGCGGCCACGAAUUGAUGCGGCGGCUCGGGUGGCAACCUGGGCAGGCACUUGGUGCACAAACCGGUGGCGAGCGAGCACUUUUGGAACCGCUCAAAGCGACGUUGCGGCCACCUCGCCGGGGUCUUGGCGCUGCACACGCAACUGCGUCUAGUGGAACACCUCCGAAAUAG